UUUUUUAGUCAAACAAAAAUGUGUUUUGGACAAAUUCGUUUUGGUGUACUUCCAGCGGCUAAACGAGGAUAUUUGCAAAUAAAUGGUCAACACAAACCUUUUAUUUUCACUCCCGGAUUGAAUAAUUGCUCAAUUGAAUUUAGAAAGUAUGAAAGCACUUCUACGGGUCAAGACAGUAAAUACAACUGGACGCCAACAGAAAAAGAUCGUCGCAAACUUGUUCGUUAUGGUUUCUUCAAAUCAAUAAAUGAUAUUCCUGAAGAAUUGCCACCGUCUUUCUACAAACGUUAUCACAACAGAACUCGAUUUAUUAUGGUUGGCAUAUUUUCCUUAGUUUUUACAAUUAUUGUGUUUGGUGGACAUUUUGUUACUUCAAGUUAUUUAAACAAAGUUGAACAGAAACGUGAGUCUUUUCUUGCCUAUAAAAAAUCUGAAAGAGAAGCAGCUUCUCAAAAAUGAUGCUUUAUUAGAAUUAUGCCUUGUGUAUUUUUAGACAACAAAAAAUUUUUUGGGAUUUUUUUCCUUUGCUCUCUUCCACAAGUUUUUUUUCAUUUUUAGAGUUUUUGAAGAAUUUAAAAAAUAAUUUCCCCGAGCGGAUUCGAACCUACGCCCCUUUUCCCGUAUACUCAAAACUUGCGGACUUUUGGAAAGAACAAAGGAAAGAAGGCCCAAUCUUUCUUUU